UUUGUUUCAUUUUCACCCUAAACAAUUCAAUAAAUCCCAUCCUUGUCCCCUAUGGUCUCUUCAUUUUCCUUCUGCAUUGAUUCACUUCACAGCUCCACUUCUCCUUCCUUCACAUCCUCUUCUUCUUCAUCCAUGGCUGCUUCUACGCUAACCGACAUUGUUGAACCUAAUCCUAUUCUCGAGAAAUUUGUGUUUCCGCCUUACGAUGUUAUUGAACCCAAACACGUUCGACCUGCCAUGCGUACCCUUCUUAAUAAACUGGAACGUGAUUUGGAUGAACUUGAAAGGACGGUGGAACCUUCAUGGCCUAAAUUGGUAGAACCAUUGGAGAAAAUUAUGGACCAGUUGGUUGUUGCUUGGAAUAUAAUCUAUCAUUUUAAAACUGUUAAGGAUAAUGCUGAGCUCCGUUCAGCCAUUGAAGAUGUUCAGGCAGAAAAAGUUAAGUUUGAGGUUAGACUGGGCCAAAGCAAGCCUAUUUAUAAUGCAUUCAAAGCUAUUAAAGAGUCUUCUAAUUGGAAUUGUUGAAAGUAAGUUGCCAAAUGUCUUGUUGUAUUGGCAUACCAAAUAACAAAGGCAGUUCUUAGUGGUGUUUCUCUUGAAGAUGAUAAAAGAGAACAGUUUAAUAAAAUUGAACAGGAGCUGAAAAGAUUAUCAGUAAAAUUUGGGGAGAACGUUCUGGAUGCAACCAAAAAGUUCGAAAAGCUCAUUACAGAUAAGAAAGAGAUUGAAGGAUUACUUGUUACUGCUCUUGGAUUGGCUGCACAAACUGCAGUAUCCAAGGGGCAUGAAAAUGCCACCGCUGAGAAUGGGCCAUGGGUAAUUACAUUGGAUAUUCCAAGUUAUGUUGCUGUUAUGCGACAUGCUCGCAAUCGUUCUUUGCGUGAGGAAGUCUACCGUGCGAUGAUGACACUGGCAUCUAGUGGAGAUUUGGAUAAUACUCCACUAAUUGAGCAAAUUUUAAAGCUUAGGUUGGAAAAGGCCAAGCUUCUCAACUACAAUAACUUUGCUGAGUUUAGCAUGGCAACCAAAAUGGCAACUCUUGAUAAAGUAGAAGAACUUCUAGAAAAGCUUCGUAGAGCUUCCUGGGAUGCUGCAGUACAAGGUAAUAAGUUUUCUAAGAAAUUCUCAAAAGACCAGGGUGCACUGGAAACUGAUGAUUUGACAGAUUGGGACAUUAAGUUUUGGAGUGAGAGGCUUCGUGAAUCAAAAUAUAACAUUAAUGAGGAAGAACUGCGUCAGUAUUUCUCAUUGCCAAAUGUUCUGAAUGGACUCUUUGACCUUGCAAAAACACUUUUUGGCGUUGAAGUUGAACCAGCUGAUGGUCUAGCUCCGGUUUGGGAUAAAGAUGUUAAGUUCUUUCGUGUUAAAGAUUCUUCAGGUAGUCCAGUUGCGUAUUUUUAUUUUGAUCCCUACAGUCGUCCUGAAAAAAGUCAAGGCGCAUGGAUGAGUGAAGUUGUUUCUCGUAGUCGUGUACUGUCACCUGAUGGUACCUCAUCAAGGUUGCCUGUUGGCCUAGUGGUGUGCAAUCACACACCUCCAGUAGGAAGCAAGCCAAGUUUAAUGACAUUCUUUGAGGUUGAGACUGUCUUCCAUGAAUUCGGCCACGCACUUCAACACAUGCUUACUAAGGAGGAUGAGGGUCUAGUUUCUGGUCUUAGGGGAAUAGAGUUGGAUGCUAUUGAAUUACCUUCUCAGUUUAUGGAAAACUGGUGUUACCAUAAAGAGACUUUAAAGGGCAUCGUAAAACAUUUUGAAACUGGGGAGGCUCUUCCUGAAGAAAUAUAUUUGAAGCUCGUUGCUGCUAGAGCUUAUCAUGUUGGCUCUAUAAGUCUUCAAAAUAUAAGUUAUGCAAUUGUAGAUCUGGAAAUCCAUACAAAAUAUGUUCUCGGGGGACCAGAGUCCAUCUUUGAUUUGGAACGCAGAGUAUCCAAGAAAACUCAAGUGACUCCUCUAUUGCCAGAGGAUAGGUCCCUUUGCAGCAGUUUUCAUAUGUUUGGAGGUGGAUAUGCAGCUGGGUUGUACAGCUAUGCGUGGGCUGAAGUGCUGUCUGCAGAUGCUUUCUCAGCAUUUGAGGAAGCAGGAUUGGAUGAUAAAAAGGCUGUUACAGAAAUGGGUCGCAAAUUUCGGGAGACCAUUCUUGCUCUUGGAGGUGGCAAGCCAGCGCUGGAGGUGUUUGUGCAAUUCCGUGGGAGAGAACCAACACCAGAUGCAUUGCUUAGACACAGUGGUCUAGUUGCAGCUCAUUGAUAUAAUUUACCCCACUUUUCUUUUGAAUAAAAUGUGUUAUAAAUUAUAAAAUAUAAUA